UCAUGGCCAGUCCGCUGCACCGCUGCCAGUGCAAGAGGGGCAUGAAGAGGGAGAAGAACUGCCUCAGCAUCUACUGGAGCCUGCAGCAGACCAUACUGCACGGGUUUAGCUUGGUGGAAGCCUACCCCUAUGAGCCUAUGGAAAGAGGAAAUGAUUAUGUGCGUCUGGCAUCCAUUGCUGCAGAGUCCGAGGUGGGCAUGACGACGGUCAACCGCUGCCUGGACGCGGCGAAGGCCUGCAACGUGGACGAGGCGUGCCAGAAGCUGCGCACCGAGUACGUGUCGGCGUGCAUCGGCGCCUCCGCAUCCUCGCGCGGCGGUCAGCAGCCGUGCAACCGGGCGCGCUGCAGCAAGGCGCUGCGCAAGUUCUUCGACCGCGUGCCCCCGGCGCAUGCCCACGCGCUGCUCUUCUGCCCGUGCCAGGACACGGCGUGUGGCGAGCGGCGGCGCCAGACCGUGGUGCCCGCCUGCUCCUACCAGGAGGGACCCGCCACCGACCAGCCCAACUGCCUGCAGCAGCUGCGCGUCUGCACCGCCGACUACGUCUGCAAGUCUCGCUGGGCUCAGUUCCAGUACGACUGCCAGCCCUCCGAUCUCACCGCCAGCGGCUGCCAGCACGAGAACUACGGCAACUGCCUCGUCGCCUACACCGGACUUAUGGGCAGUACCAUCACCCCUAACUAUCUGGACAACACUACGUCCAACGUUGGGCCCUGGUGUUCGUGCUCGGCCAGUGGCAACCACCGCGAGCAGUGCCACGACUUCCUCAGCUUCUUCCACAACAACGCCUGUCUGAAGCGGGCUAUCGUGGCCUUUGGGAACGGGACAGACCAGAAGCAUGAACCGAACCAACCGGGCGCGACCAUCCAGGCGACCACCACGGCAACCAACAGUCACAACCAUCGACAGACAACAGCUAGCACCACAACUGCCAUCGCCAUGGAAACAGAGCAGAACAUCCUGAGUGCUCAGAUUCCCACACAGUUGAACGAGAGGGACAGGUUGUGGGGAGACGACUCUUCACCUCCAUCGCCCGGUCUCCCGGACAACGGCGCUGGCUCCGCCCAUGGCCCCCUCAGCACCUGGCCCCUCCCCUUCCUUCUGCUGCUGCUGUGGCUGCACUGAGGCAUCAUGGGAUAGAAGCACAGUACGAACCAGUGGACUGGGGAAGAGCAUGGGACAACUGCAGUGUGUGUGUGUGUGUGUGUGUGUGUGUGUGUGUGUGUGUGUGUGUGUGUGUGUGUGUGUGUGU